GGAGAUUCUGGAGGGCUGGGGGCACGGGACAAUGCUGCUGGAAGGAAUGUGAGCCACGGAGCAUGGUUGGUGCCACAGCUAUCCAGGUGCUGAGAGCUGUCUGCAAAGGGCUUUGUGGAUGAGGGGAGGAAUUGGCUGGGACUGGAGAGCACAGAGCAGUUCCUGACACGCCUCACCAUGCGCAAAGGGGUGCCAAAGGACCCGGAGAUUGCUGACCUCUUCUACAAGGAUGAUCCUGAGGAAAUCUUCGUGGGGUUGCAUGAAAUUGGACAUGGAAGCUUUGGAGCAGUUUACUUUGCUACGAAUUCCCACACUAAUGAGGUGGUGGCAGUCAAGAAGAUGUCCUACAGUGGAAAGCAAACAAAUGAGAAAUGGCAGGAUAUCAUAAAAGAAGUCAAGUUUCUGCAGCAGCUGAAGCACCCCAACACCAUAGAGUACAAGGGCUGUUACCUGAAGGAGCACACAGCAUGGUUGGUUAUGGAGUACUGUUUAGGAUCAGCUUCUGAUUUACUAGAAGUUCACAAGAAGCCACUCCAGGAAGUGGAGAUUGCUGCCAUCACCCACGGUGCCUUGCAGGGGCUGGCCUACCUGCACUCCCACUGUAGGAUCCACAGGGAUAUUAAAGCUGGAAAUAUUCUUCUAACAGAACCAGGUCAAGUGAAACUUGCUGAUUUUGGGUCUGCAUCUAUAGUGUCCCCUGCCAACUCUUUUGUGGGAACGCCUUACUGGAUGGCACCAGAGGUGAUCCUGGCAAUGGACGAGGGGCAGUACGAUGGCAAGGUGGAUGUUUGGUCUCUGGGGAUCACAUGCAUCGAGUUAGCUGAAAGGAAGCCUCCACUUUUCAACAUGAAUGCAAUGAGUGCCUUAUAUCACAUAGCCCAGAACGAUUCCCCUAGGUUACAAUCAAAUGAAUGGUCAGACUCCUUUAGGGGAUUUGUUGAUUACUGCUUACAGAAAAUACCUCAGGAAAGGCCAUCAUCAACAGAUUUGUUACGGCACGAUUUUGUCCGCCGGGAGCGGCCGCCCAGGGUGCUCCUCGACCUGAUCCAGAGGACCAAGGAUGCAGUGAGGGAGCUGGACAACCUGCAGUACCGGAAAAUGAAGAAAAUCCUCUUCCAGGAGACCCGGAAUGGCCCCCUGAACGAGUCCCAGGAGGAGGAGGAGGACAGUGAGCAUGGAUCAAACCUGAGUAGGAAGAUGGACAGUCUGGGCAGCAACCAUUCCAUCCCCAGCAUGUCUGUGAGCACAGGCAGCCAGAGCAGCAGUGUGAGCAGCAUGCAGGAGGUCCUGGAUGAGAGCAGCCCUGAGCUGGUCAUGAUGCAUAGUGACGAGAGCACCAUUAAUUCCACCUCCUCCGUUGUUCACAAGAAGGAUCAUGUAUUUAUAAGGGAUGAGGUGGGCCACAGGGAUCGCAGGCCUGAGGUGCGGCCUACCCAGUCAGUGCAGAAUCAGGCCCUCCACUACCGGAACCGAGAGCGCUUUGCCACAAUCAAAUCAGCAUCUUUGGUUACAAGACAGAUCCAUGAGCAUGAGCAGGAGAACGAGCUGCGGGAACAGAUGUCAGGAUAUAAGCGGAUGCGGCGCCAGCACCAGAAGCAGCUGAUCGCCCUGGAGAACAAGUUGAAGGCCGAGAUGGACGAGCACCGCCUCAAGCUGCAGAAGGAGGUGGAGACACACGCCAACAACUCGUCCAUUGAGCUGGAGAAGCUGGCCAAGAAGCAAGUGGCUGUGAUGGAGAAGGAGGCAAAGGCAGCUGCAGCAGAUGAAAAGAGAUUCCAGCAACAGAUUUUGGCUCAGCAAAAGAAAGACCUGGCGACCUUUUUAGAAAGUCAGAAGAAACAAUACAAGCUUUGCAAGGAAAAGAUUAAAGAGGAAAUGAAUGAGGACCACAGCACACCCAAGAAAGAGAAGCAAGAAAGGAUAUCCAAACACAAAGAGAACCUGCAGCACACACAGGCUGAAGAGGAGGCCCAGCUUCUCAGCCAGCAGAGACUCUACUACGACAAAAACUGCCGAUCCUUCAAGAGAAAAACGAUGAUCAAGAGGCACGAGAUGGAGCAGCAGAACAUUCGGGAAGAGCUGAACAAGAAGCGGACGCAGAAGGAGAUGGAGCACGCCAUGCUGAUCCGGCACGACGAGUCCACGCGGGAGCUGGAGUACCGGCAGCUGCACACGCUGCAGAAGCUGCGCAUGGACCUGAUCCGCCUGCAGCACCAGACUGAGCUCGAGAACCAGCUGGAGUACAACAAGCGGCGCGAGCAGGAGCUGCACAGGAAGCACUUCAUGGAGCUCCGGCAGCAACCAAAGAACCUGAAGGCUAUGGAAAUGCAGAUCAAAAAGCAGUUCCAGGACACAUGCAAAGUGCAAACUAAGCAGUACAAAGCACUGAAGAAUCACCAGCUGGAAGUAACUCCAAAGAGUGAGCACAAGACAAUUCUGAAGAGCCUGAAGGACGAGCAGACACGGAAGCUCGCCAUCCUGGCCGAGCAGUACGAGCAGAGCAUCAAUGAGAUGAUGGCCUCGCAGGCGCUCCGGCUGGACGAGGCCCAGGAAGCAGAAUGCCAAGCCCUGAGACUGCAACUCCAGCAGGAGAUGGAGCUGCUCAACGCCUACCAGAGCAAAAUAAAGAUGCAGACAGAAGCACAGCAUGAAAGGGAACUCCAGAAGCUGGAGCAACGGGUGUCGCUGCGCAGGGCACACCUGGAACAGAAGAUCGAGGAGGAGCUCGCCGCCCUGCAGAAGGAACGCAGCGAGAGGAUCAAGUUCCUGUUGGAAAGGCAGGAGCGAGAGAUUGAGACGUUUGACAUGGAGAGCCUGCGGAUGGGCUUUGGGAAUUUGGUCACAUUAGAGUAUCCCAAGGAGGACUAUAGAUGAGGUUAAAUUUCUUUGCCAUUUAAAAACAAAACAAAAAAAAAACAAAACAAAACAAAAACCACAGAAAGCAAACCAAGUAAGGAUAAAACUUGCAAACCCAACAUUCCCCAUGUUGACGGGCGUGCUCUCUCUCUUUCUGUCUCUCUUACUGACAUCGUGUCGGACCAGUGCCUGUAUAUUCUUAUCCAUCAGGGGCCCCUUUCCCCCGUCACGUCCCGGUGCAGGACAGCUCCUGGCAGUCUUUUCCAUAGUAUGUCACAGUAUUGAUGUCUCUGUGCAAUGAUUAAAAAUGUUUCAGUGAAAACUUUGGAGACAA